AUGGCUAUAGAACUCGGUGUUUUCGAGGGAUGCGACGGCGGUCUGCUCAUCGACGGCCCCGGCACGGAGAAGACGGCGGGGCCGAACCUGAGCGUCAAGGGCUACGACCUCAUCGCGGCCAUCAAGACGGAGCUGGAGCGGAGGUGCCCCGGCGUCGUGUCCUGCUCCGACAUCGAGAUCCUCGCCACCCGGGACGCGGUCGCGCUGGCCGGCGGGCCGGCGUACGCAGUGCGCACGGGGCGCAGGGACCGCCGCCAGUCGCGGGCCUCCGACGUGCGGCUCCCGGGAGCCGACUACACGGCGGCGCAGACGACCGCUUAUUUCUCCAUGCUGGGGAUGAGUCCGUUCGAGACGAUGGUGCUCCUGGGCGCGCACACCGUGGGCGCCACCCACUGCAGCGCCAUCAAGAACAGCCGCCUGUACGGAUACGGCGGCCGGCCCGGCGCGACGGACCCCAGCAUGGACCCGGCCGUCGCGUCCGUGUACAAGAAGUACGUGUGCCCCAACGUGCCGUCGUCGGACAGCAACAUGGUGUUCCUGGACGACCAGUGGAGCGCGCUCAAGGUGGACAACCACUACUACAGGAACCUCCAGCUCCGCCGCCGCGUGCUCCCCUGCGACCAGAACCUGUACAAUGAUGGCCCCACCAAGCGGAUCAUCGAUCAGCUGGCCACCAACAACGGCCUCUUCCUCUCGGCGUUCGGGCAGGUGCUCGCCAAGCUCAGCGAGGUCGGCGUCCUCACCGGCACACAGGGUGAAAUCCGCAAGGUCUGCAACAAGUUCAACUGA